UCAAUCCCCCCAGAUCAUCAAUGCAAAAUGUAGCGCGGAAGCUUACUUCCUGAGAGGUGGACAUAGAUAGCAACUGAGAGAUUACGAAUGUCGCCGCCGCUACUAGUCAGAAUGCGGAAUGCGCAUAGCGUAGUAACGCGUAGACCUGCUGCUAUCGAUUUAUAAAUGAACCCUGAGUAAUACCUCGCUACGUUCGGAUUAGUUCAACUGAUAAGUGGAUACGAUAAUGUUCAUAUGAGCAGUCAUCAAUCAGCCGUCUCAACAGGAUGUAAGUCAAGAUACACGACGUGAUUGGGGAGGAAGUGUGGGGUGCACAAACCCCUGCAUCAUCGAACCUCAAAAUCUUCAUCGGCACGUUUGCUCAAACAUAUUGAACAGCCGCCCUAAGACGCCGAUUCUACAGGGUAAUUUUUCCAGAACAUUAUAUUUUCGGCAGUGCGGAAUUCCCACGAAUACCUAGGUACCUAGGUACACAGGGGUAUCAUCGCUUGUCUUGCCUCUUUUCGCUAAAGCCGACUUCGUGAUUGAACAAUGAACAGCUGAAAAUCGUGUAUGCUGCAAUGGAACAUGGCCAUUGUGUCGGAUGUGGUUAGUCGUUGGCUUGUCUCCUUUUCCACACCAUGUGAUGAAGAGGGGCACUGAGAGCCAUGCUGUAUCGACGGUUAUCAUAAAAAGACUUCACUUUUUUUAUCUUCGAUUUUGUCGGCAUUCUAUCUGAAAUCCUUUUCUUGACCUUUUGUGUCAAUACUCAUCUGUGGUGUCGAAAUUCGAACUAUAAGUAUCUACACGCACUCAUCCUUGUCGCUCGUAUUGAGGAUGGAAACGUCAGCGGUAGAGAGGGCGACUGCCACUGCUGAAUCGGCGACUACUACAGUCACUACAGUCGAUAUAGAAUCACCGGAUCAGGAACUUUACUUGUUUAAUAAAAGAGACGAGGAAGAGAGAGACAGGCUAGACGGACAGAGCAGCGCCAUCAGAGUUAUCCGAGACGGACACAUCCUUGACCCCCGAAUCCCCAAGCAAAAUGUGUCCAGAGUAGCAGAUGUAGCAACGGGUACCGGCAUUUGGCUCAGAGAAUUAGCUGAGGAAUUUGAAAACGGAGGAUACAACCUUCAGGAGACAGUAGGGUUUGAUAUUUCUCCUGGCCAAUUCCCCAAGAAUGCUGCUUCGGAACAUAAGUUUGUAUUAUGGGAUAUGACGAAGAGUUUUCCUAAAGAAUACUACGGCACCUUCGAUGUCGUGCAUGUACGACUCGUUGUGCUCGCUCUGAAAGCCGAACAGAUCAAAGGCGUUGUAGAGAAUCUAGUCGAGUUACUCAAACCCGGUGGAUAUCUCCAAUGGACCGACGUGUCCUACCGCAACGGCCUCAAGAUGACACACUCCUCUGACGAAAGCGACCCCUUGUGGAAAGCCGGGGUAGACCAGAUGUUCAAAUACUGUGGCGACCUAGGAUUUUCCUUCGAUCCACCCGACGACGUAGAAAAGAUCCUUCAAAACUUACCCGUCGAAGAUGUGCAUGUGACCGACCACACAUUUGCACCCUCUAAAAACCCAGAAAUAAACGACCUGGUGGUUGAGUGGCAAUCGCGCACCAUAGCGCUUUCCAUACAAUUGCUAUCGUCUCGGAAUGGAUUGAGUGCCGAAGAAGCGAAGAUGGCCGCGUAUCUCUAUCGGAAGAAGGCUGUCGAUAUGGGAAAGCGGGGCGUGAUAUGGAGGUCACCGAUGGCAACUUUGGUUGCUCGAAAGAAGUAGAAGUUGUAAAGGAUCAGCCACAAGCCCAACAUUCGUCAUGGAAGAUUUAAUGUUGAGGCAAUGCGAAGUGUGCGAGGAAAAAUUUGCAGCUGUCUUUGAAGGCAUUCAAUCUGAAUGAACGGACAAUUCAAUAAAUAUCAGGUAGAUUCAUAUUUCUGCAAAAAAUUGCGAAGCGUUGCUGAAACAGUUUCGUCAAGUGAAGACGUUUCUCUAAGAUCACUAGUGGAUUUCUCAACUCGAUGUUCUAGCCAUGAGUUCGUAGUCAAAAGCAUCCCAAAAAAACAACACCAACCAAUCCCACAAAUGACACCAAACCUAUGGCGUGUCAUGCGGACAUUUUUGUUCAAAACGAUUUUAGAUGAUAAUGAUCAGAUUAUUUAUAUUAUCUAAUAAAAAAUUUCA